AUUGCUUUCGUAAUUCGUAUUCGUUUGUUAUAAACAGAAACAUUUUUCAUGAUUAUUGUUUCAAAACAUUUGAUAUGUGUUUUAUCAUUACACCCACGCUUAUACUACAUAUUAUCUUUAACUUUUAAUUUCCUCCAAAUGAGAUAAAUGCUGCAGCACAAUUAAAAGCGGUUUUAUUAAAUCAGGACGGAAACAAACUGAACAAUACUUCUAUAAAUUUCUACCGAUUUUAUGUUUGUUGAAUUAAUAUUUGUGCACUAUAAUGUGUGUUAUUACUAAUACUGUACAAAUACUUGCUAUAUUUAUUAUUGUGAAUAUAAGAAUAUCAUCCUCGCAAUUUAACAAACCUUGGAAUGAUAAGUAUGAAAAUAUGUGUCCAAAACUUUAUCCUAAAUAUUUUGGUAACUACGCACCAGCUGGAAAUCUCACAGCUGGAAAUUUCUCAGAAAAAAAGGAAUUAAAAGGUGUAAGGCAGUGUGUGAUGGCAUGUUGCCUCGCUGAGCCAUGCAAUGUUGCCUUUAUUGUGGAAUCUAGAUGCUACCAUAUAGAAUGUGUUAGUGAUGAACUCUGCUUACCACUGCCAAGAGCUGGGCCACAUAAGUGGGAUUCACAUGUUGCAAUGAUAUUAAUUAAACCUGUGUUGCCUAAUGAAAACUGGAUAGACAUUUUAGAUCAAUCUAAUAACAGAGAAGUAACUAACAACUUCUCGCAGGAAGAUGAAGUGUACCCACCUUACACAGGCCGAUAUACUGACCUAUUGACGGAAGAUGAGGAUUUUCUCUCUCAUUUCCUUAACAACUUACCCAACAAUGAGGAUGAGGGUACUCAAACAUUCAGCAAAUUUAGAGAGAAUUCUGAUAAUGAAAUGAUAAUGGAUGCGUCCAACUUUUUGGAAAAAGUACCCUGUGUUGUGGGAGAACCUGAUGACUGCCCAUUUAACUCUGAAUGUGUGUCACUCGGAUUGAAACUACGUAAUGGUAUAUGUAAAUGUAUAGCGGGCACAGAAGAGAAUUCCCAAGGUACUUGUGUUCAAUCAAUAAGACCAUACUCCAAAGAAGCGACUAUACCAAUAGAUGCGAAAAAGGAUGACGACUUGAUGGCUGGUGCGAAACUCGGUGAUACUAAAUCUGACAUGCCAGCACCAAGGCAAAAUUUAACCGUUUCAAUAUUAUCAAAACAGGUGCAACUUCCGGACAAUGAGGUUACUUUGGCUGCAUAUACAAUUCCCGAUGAAAAGACAACAGGCAGUCAUUACAACUAUGUUUGGACACUUGUAGAUCAACCUAAGGAUGGUUUCACCGGUAACAUGAAUCAGAAUGGACCAUCCGUUACACUAACAGAUUUAACAGAAGGCCAGUAUAGGUUCAAGGUGACUGUCAAUGGUACAAAUUCAUACGGUGAAGGUUUUGCUAAUGUAACAGUUUUACCACCGAAGCGUAUAAACACUCCGCCAUUAGUGGUAAUCACACCACAAGUACAAACAGUGAAACUGCCCAAUUCCGUUGCUGUACUAGAUGGCAGUGCCAGUAAGGAUGAUGAUGCAAUAAUAUCAUGGCAUUGGGACUUAACAGCUGGACCUAUUGGUUACCAACCACCUUUACAAGAUGGACCCACACUAGUGUUGAAAGAUUUGAAACAACCUGGCAACUAUACAUUCAAACUGACUGUAGAAGAUUCCGACCAUGUCAAAAAUUUUACAACCGCUAACAUAACUGUUUUGAAUCAUAUUGACUAUCCACCAGAAGCAAAUGCAGGUCAAGAUGUUAUAAUAUAUUUACCGAACAACAACUUGACAUUGAACGGCAGCCUCUCCACCGACGACCACGAGAUCACCUCCUGGGAGUGGACUAAAUCGGCUGAGGAUGAGAACAAAGCUGUGGAUAUGCAGAACACACAUUCUCCAUACUUACAGCUAUCAAAUCUAUCAGAGGGUGUGUAUACAUUCGUACUGAAAGUGACGGACUCGUCGGGGCAGGUGUCAACAGCUGACGUCCACGUGUUCGUCAAGCCCCCCACCAACACGCCCCCCGUCGCUGACGCCGGACCUGACACUUUCAUCUCGCUACCGCAAACAUGGGUGAUACUGAACGGUUCUGGUUCUCAUGACGAUCACCGUAUCGUCGCGUACACGUGGCGCUGCGUGUCCGGACCCAACAACGCCACCGUACUCCGCUUCAACGAGUCCGUCGCCAAUGCCACCUCCCUCACUAAAGGACAAUACGUCUUCUCUCUCACUGUACUAGAUGACAAUGGAAACUCUGCCACCAAAAAUGUCACCGUUACCGUCACUCAAAAUAAGAACAGUCCACCGAAGGCGGAUGCGGGCGGGGACCAAGUACUAACUCUACCAAUAUCGGUGCUCGUACUGAACGGUAGCAAGUCGCACGACGACUUCCGUAUCGUGUCGUGGAAAUGGACACGUGUCGGCGCCGGUCUCGCUGCAGGCACUGUUAUACUUAAUUCUGACAAACAGCCGGUGCUUAUGUUAACAAACAUUGAAUCGGGGAGAUACGUGUUUGAGCUAACAGUGACAGACGACCAAGGGGAGUCUGACAGGGACGCGGUGAGCGUGCAAGUCAAACCCGACCCCUUGGAGAUGAAUCUACUGGAGAUGACAUUACACACGCCCGUGUCCGCUUUCACCAAGAACCAGCUCGACGGCCUCGUGCAGAAGAUCACCUUACUCCUUAAAGAUGAUAUUAAAGUUAACGUCACUGAAAUACGAGGCGAAGUCGACUCAGGAAAUACGCAAAUUAUAUUCUUUUUAUCGGAAAAGGGUGUGCCGGUGGAGGGUAUCCGCGCACUGGGGCUGCUGCGUGUGAGCGGUGUGGGGGGGAGCGCGGGGGUGGCGCGCGUGCGCUCACUGCGCUGUCUGAGCACGUGCUCGGGUCGCGGUGUGUGUGACCGCGCCACACGCACCUGCCGCUGCGACGCCUUCUGGAUGCAGAGCCUCUUCACACAGCUCGACCCUGACGCUAUGCCCGACUGUGAUUGGUCAGUAGUGUACGCAAGCCUGGGUGGUGUGGGUCUGCUGUGUGGUGUGUGCGGUGCUUGCGGCGCACUCGCACGUCUGCUGCGUCGCAUGUGUGCGCCGCGCAAACCACGCCCUCGCUCACACUAUCGCCUGCUGCCACGCGCUGAAGAAGACAAACCUUUUACAAGCAAAGAUGUGUCAGAAACGGAGACGGAAUCGGAUGUGUUGUACGAAUCGAAGACCAAAUCGAGUUUGUUCUCGAGUCGAGCUACUAACGGUGAUGUCGUCGCCAAUGGAUGGAAGAAGAAUGGACUUAAAUCUUCUCGUAAGAUUAAAACAUAAUUUUAUUAUAUGUUUAUAUACAUUUAUGAAAUUGUAUCCGUGUUAUACGCGACAACGGUAAUCCGACAUAUUCCGACAAACAAACCGCAGAACAUACGAAGUCUGAACAUUUUAAAUAAGGAAAAAUAAAU